AUGCCUGGAGACGGCUGUGCAUGGCCAACAGAUAGUUUGGUGACGCAACAAGGAGCCACUGAGGUGAUGUAUGGGCCACGGAGCGGAGAACGCUUCAACCCACCUUCAUUUAUGCAAAGGGACCGAUUCAGCCGCUUCCAGCCCACCUACCCAUACCUGCAGCAGGACAUCCACUUGCCGCCCACUAUCUGCCUGUCAGACGGCGAGGAGCUGCCGCCCUACAAAGGCCCCUGUACCCUGCAGCUCAGAGACCCCGAGCAGCAGCUCGAGCUGAGCCGUGCGUCUGUGCGCGCGCCCCCCAACCGGACCAUUUUCGACAGCGACCUGAUAGACGUUUACGUGCACGGAGGCGGCCCGCGGCCCCCGAGCAGCAACUCUGGCAAGAGUGCCUCGAACUCGCACGUGGAGGGGCCGCCGCCCACCUAUAGCGAGGUGAUGAGUCAGACGUACCCAGGCUCCGCCUCCUUCCUGCACCAGCACAGCAAUAACACACCACCCUCCAACCAGAGGACAGCCAGCCGCCCCGCCCAGCCUGGCGCAAGCACAACCCUGUUCGUCAAGGUCAAGGAUAGCCGGCGCGACAAACCCGUGUGACUCGGACACACCUGCAGAGGGCAGUAGAGAGCGUGUGCCGUCACCUGUGCUCUCUAGUACUUCCUCCUGGACCUAAAGGGGAGUGGCUUCACUGUUAGUACACUCCCUUUGCACAAUUUGAAUCGAAAAUUGAGGAACCAAGUAUACAAAGUUUAUUUUUUGUAUUUUUUUUUGGUUUUUGCUAGAACUUUGGGGCCUUGUAUGGAUGUUUGGGCUCCUCGGCUAAAUCUCUGUUUGUUUGUUUGGUUUUGUAUGCUUUCCUGUAUUUAAAGAACACGUGUGUUGGCACAGAUUGUUUGCGUGAGAGACCACAUAGGUCAUAGGAUUGAGAAAUUUUCUAUUUGUUUGUGCAUUUCCAGGACUCGUGCACAAAAACUGUUCACAACUAAUCCAAAUUGAGUGCCAUGAAAAAAAUCUUAAAUCUUGGGGAUGUGACUCACAACAACAACAAAGCUUUUAUGUUGCACUUAUUCUUUAAAGAGUAGAAACGCCUACCCUUAGUUACUUUUCAUAUGUCAAUCCACAUGGUUCCUGGUAUUUUUUCCUUCCUUUUCACGUUUCGCGUUUUCCUGAAAUGGAGAUGUAGAACUCUGAUCCAGCCUACCUGAACUGCAUCAUGACACUUAUUUUUAAAAAAGAGGGGGUUUAACAAGCCGUUCAGAUUCCAGAUCACUUUUUUCCACCGACCAAGUGAGAGAUACUGGCAUGGAUAUCUGCAGAUGGAAGUCACGACACACGCGCCACUUUCAUCCUGUCGAGUAGCACUUUAAACUUAUUACGUCACUUCAGCAUUGUCAUGGGGUCCAAGUGCAAGGGAAUCAUGGGAACUGUAGUCUUAUGCACAUCCUGUCCCCUUCUGAACGAGUGUGUUUGUUUUCCACUAAAAAAAGCAUGCUUAUUGUUUUUUUUCCAGUUAUCCAUACUAUACUUAAGUUCACGAUCGUAUAUGGAUCUCAUAUUUUAUCUUUUAUUCUCCUCUCCUGGAAUGCCGUUUUAUUCCGAGGCAGCACAGGAGCACACUUUUACCUGUUAUUUGUCAUCAGUAUUUGUUCUCUUAUCAGUUCAAACGAAACGUGUACCAAUCAUAACGAGAUUUUUCUUUCUUCAUUUGAAGUCCAUAUUCAAUCACAAGGCACACGUUUGGACUGCUUUCAGACAUGCAGAUUGUGUUUUUCAUCACCCCUGAGCUUUGAAAACCAUCAGUCUUUGGCCUUCCCUAGAAAGUCCCAUAGAAAACCUAUUUAUUAACUAGCUAUUUAUGAAAGUGACCAGUUUGAGAGGAUAUUUAAUUGAAGUGGGAGGUUUUUAUAUGAUCUUUUUUCCACUUAAAUAGCAGGACUCUCCUAUGGCCCAUCCGCUUCGGCUCUGAAAGCUUGGCUUCCCGUCAUUGGCUCUGCUUCCCGUCACUCAUUCUGACUGCGCAGUUUGAGUUCGUACUAUAUUGCUGCUGCCGCUGCUGCUACCGCUACCGCUGCUGCUGUUGUCCGUUCGGCUUGUAGGCCUAUGUCCGCUUCCCCAUUACUUUAUAUUCGCGUACCAACCGAGACAUAGAUGUUCGUGCUCUGUUUUGGUUUUCUUCGUUAACAUUAGCGCGUUUCCGCUGUCAUAGUCGUGCUAGGAAAACGAACCCAAAUGUAUUUUUUACGUUUGCAGCCGAGAGGUUUGCAUGUUACUAUUUACACGAGCAAAUUCGGUGCCUAACAGUCAUGUUUAAGCAGACAUAGAAACCCACUUGCACUCAAAAGUCCCCACCUUUGUUGUGCCUCACUUCCUAUGGUGCUUCUUUCAGUAGUCGGACUCUGUUUAUUUGUACGGUGCUGUAUAUAACUUGAAUAUAUUAUGCACAUAUCCUACCCAAUGGGUAGAAAACCACAAGAACGCAUUGUUAAUACUGUAAUAUAAUGUAUAGAUAAUAUUAAAAAGAAAACUUUAACAUGGUGGCAUCAAGUUUUGGGAAUGCCUUCAAUUGUGCUUUGUCUUUUUUGUAAAACAGAGUAAAGAGAAAUGCUAAAGUAUGGUCACAGAAAUACAAAAAGACUUAUAUUUUUGUUCCUAUACAGUAAAUGCAAAUCUGUUAUGUGAUGAAACAAAUAUUCUGAUUAUAAGGCAGUUAUAUAAAGGAUAACUAGAGCUCUGCUGCUUUUGUAACUUCCAGAGAAAGACUUAUAAAUGCCAGCGCUUGUCAUUUUAUUUAUUGAAGUUUAUUUUGUGACUGCUAGCUGUUGUGUUAUAAUAACCACGCAGAAUAAUAACUCAUUGCAACGAACGGAACGGAUUGUCGAUUUUUUUGGGCUCUGACACUACACCGGGAAGAAGGUUUAGUGGUUCAUAUCAAAUAGCAGCUCAGGGUGAGACACACAUGAGACACAUCCGAUGGAAACGGAUAACAUUCUGUUGUUUUUAUGCACAUAAUCGAGUUGUGUGGUAUAUAAAAGAGCAUCAAAUGAGGAAAAUGCAGCCCAUAGCUGAUCGUUACUGCAUGUUCACGUUGUCAUUAUUUCCUCGGCAUAGCAGUCUGGUUCCGAGCUCUCCGCGCUGACAGGCUCCUUUCCAGAAACACGCGCUUGAAUGAACGAAUCCGCGAGCGAGUGAAUGACUGCCUGAAGACUUGUGUGGGUGAGUUCAGCAUCUCGUUCCAUGGAUCUGGAAUUUCCCGCCAAUCCACAGCAACGUUCUCCAUCGGCCUCGAGCGAGAUCACAUCACGGGACUGUAUGACCUAUUGUGGACUACAAACUUUUUUUUGUUGUUUUUUACAAGGAGAAACGGUUCAGUGAAAGCGAGGAACGCUGCUGUCCUUACGCCUUUUUAUUUUAUUUCUAUUGUUCUAUUUAAUUGUGAUGUCAGCGGUUUUCAGUUUGAGGUCUGUUAAUUGCAAUACUUUUACAGGAAAAAGGUGACUUAAAAACCAACCGAAAAAAAUCAUAAAAAAAUAAAUACAAGAA